AUGGUAGAUGUUGCACAUAAACUCCACAAAGCCACCAAGGCCUCCAAGCACACCACAGCACCCGCAGCCUGCAGCCUGAUAGAAAAGAAGGCGUCAGGUUCCCAGGGCACCGAUUUUCUGGCACAACACGGGAUGCUGGGGGAUGUCGGCUGUAAAUGCCUUCUAGACACCAGAACCUGCUGCUCCCGCUCGCUCAGCGCUGGCCCGGGAAUGCCCGCUGUAUGUGCUGCCACAUCAUCCAAAUACAGCGCUCUCCGGCACGAAUUCCCAGAUGUCUUCAAGCUGGAGCUACGCCAGGUGCCAGGAACACACAUCAAGCACGGCAUCUACCACCACAUCACCACCACGGGCCCACCGAAACAUGCCAAGUUUCGCCGCCUGCUGCCCAAAAAGCUCCAGGAUGUUAAACAAGCAUUCGCAGAAAUAGACAGAAUGGGUAUAUGCAAGAAGGCAUCAAGCCCAUGGGCGUCCCCCCUCCACAUGGUGAAGAAGCCAGAUGGUUCCUGGAGGCCCUGUGGGGACUAUUGUCGAUUGAACAUGGUGCCAGUAUAUCCCAACGACAUUCUGAAGACAGCCAUCAUCACGCCAUUCGGAACAUACACCUUCUCCUACUCCACUGUUGGCCUUAGGAAUGCCAGGGCCACAUUCCAAUGA